AUGUCUUUUUGUUUACCAAUUAAACAAGUAUGUACAAGCACCCUCAAUGUCAAGGCGGUUCCCAGGACAGCGUGCGGGGUUCAGUGUCAGACUCGGGGUCCACAGGGAUGUCCCCAGACCAACAGCUCUAGGGCACGUCACUGCGCUUGCGCCACUCCUCGCUCCGCCCCCGACCGUGAGGGCGAGGGGCGGGGCGACGAAGGUGCAGGAAGAAGGCCUGCCGCUAUCCCGGAACAUUUAGGGGCGGGGAGCCGGGAGACUGGCGGAUCGCAGGCGUGCGCGAAGAGAAUCUUUCUUCCGGGUCCCAAACUCCGUGACAGUGCGGAGCGGUGUGAACCUUGUGCACGUUCCUCCGAUCGCAUUUUAUCCCCGCGUGCUCUUCUGGGGCGCGCGUUCUUCUUCGUCCUGGCUGCCCCAGCGGUGGCCGUCAGGGCAGUGGCCUGGCUGCUUCUCUGGGAGGCUGCUGGGUUCACCUGCUCGCCAGCCACAACAUUCAACAACACCCACUUCGUCGCCGGCAUAAGGGCCACUUGUUCUGAAAUUAUUUUGAGACAGGAAGUUUUGAAAGAUGGUUUCCACAGAGACCUGUUAACAAAAGUGAAAUUUGGAGAAAGCAUUGAGGACUUGCAGACCUGCCGACUCUUAAUUAAACAGUACAUCCCAACAGGACUCUUUGUGGAUCCGUAUGAGUUGGCUUCAUUACGAGAGAGAAACAUAACAGAGGCAGUGAUGGUUUCAGAAAAUUUUAAUAUAGAGGCUCCCAACUAUUUGUCCAAGGAAUCUGAAGUUCUCAUUUAUGCUAGACAAGAUUCACAGUGCAUUGAUUGUUUCCAAGCUUUUUUGCCUGUGCACUAUCGCUAUCAUCGGCCACAUAUUAAAGAUGGAGAAACUUUUAUUGUGGUCCAUAACCCUGAUUUAUUGAUGUAUUGUGACCAAGAGUUUCCAGUCUUGAAAUGCUGGGCUCAGUCAAAGGUGACAGCUCCUUGUGCCUUGAACAGUAAGGAUAUCUGCCAAUGGAACAAUAUGAAAUAUAAAUCAGUAUACAAGAAUCUGACUCUACAAGUUCCAGUGGGGCUGACCAUACAUACCUCUUUAGUGUGUUCUGUAACUCUGCUCAUUUCCAUCCUGUGUUCUACUUGGAUCCUUGUGGCUGUUUUCAAAUAUGGCCAUUUUUCCCUAUGAAUUUUAUGCAGUUAAAUACUUUCCAUAAACCUGAAUAAGACCAAAUCAUUUGUGACCAGAAGUAUUCUUCUAAAAUUAUGUCAUUACUUUUGCCUUUUGUCUUUAUUUAUGGCUAAUAUUAUAUUUACUAGAGGAAAUUCUGGAUCAUUCUCAACUAAUUUCAAAAUUCAGUGCUCUAUUGUGUAGACCUCUAAUAAUCCUCAAGCAUCAGGGGCCAAUACAGGAAACUUAAUUCUGUUAAAUUAAUAUUAUUUAUGAGAAGUGACUUAAUCUUCAUUUGGAUUAUAAAUAAGUACUUUAUUAGAGACAAAUUAUUGCUAAAAAUUGGGAAAAUUGUUAUGAAUAAGACUAAUUUGGAUGAGAGUUUAUUUAAAUGUUAGUUUUAUAAGAAUAUUAAUUUGUGCAGUUUCAAAGAAAAUCAUUAAAGUAGGACUUCUAAGAAUAUCAAAAUUGAUUAUUCCUUGAAGCUUUUCCAUUCUCUUUUUAUAAUACUGCUUUUGAAUAUAUAAAUUGGCAAAGGAUUGAUGGAGUUAAGUACUAAUAUUAAAAAGUAUAUUUUACUAAGUUGUAUAGUUACAAAAGUUUUUGAAUCUUCAGGUGAUUUUUUUAAGAACAAAAGGUCUUGGUUUAUUGUUUUUCUUUGGAAAAAUUAUAAAAUAAAGCAAACACGUAAGCUAAUUAAGAAAUAAAAGGGCAAGCAUCUUCCAGAACAGAAACCAGAAAACUAGGGUAUGUUUUGUAUAGCAUAAUGGGAUAUGAUAUACUUUAUAUAUGCUAUCACUGGUUAAUUUCCUAAAACACUCUGGUAUUUUUUAAUGGGAAUAAAUAUUUUCUAAUUUGCCAUGUUAACAUGUUUUCCAGGUAUUUUUUUCUCAGUGGGAUUAAUAUAGUGGCAUUUAAAUAGAAUUAUAUUAGUUAAAAUUCAGUACCAUUAACACCAUUUUGGAAUAUGGUUAGUCAGGUGGGAAAACCUGGUACUUUUUAACCUCUUAAGUGUGUUUCUAUGUAUGUGCAUGUAUGUAAUAGUCAUUUUCUUUUGCACAUCAAAGCCAAGUUCCUCAGUAUCUAAAUGUUUUCAUUUCAGUUAAUAUUUGAAAUGGUGGCUUGGGAUAUGAUUCAGCCAUUUUUUCAUUUAUAUGGGUAUUCAGAAGUGUAACGAAAGUGUGAAUGUGAGUGAAGAUACUUUAAUAUGAGUUUUUUUGCCUGAUAAAUGCUGGCAGAUGAUAUCACUUUGAUGCAACAGAGCAAUUUGAAAUCUUUAUAUUGUCUUCUUUGGAUUACUUAAAAAGUGACAAUUACUUUACUUUUUAAAUCAGCUUAUCAAAGAAAACAGGUACUAUUCUCCUGGUCAUUGUGUUCCAGUAUUGUUCCACUUGUAUGAUGUAUUUUCUUAAAGUAUCAUGUAAUGUUCUCUGGAUGAAAAUAACAAAGAUUACCUCAGCUAA